UCUGUGAUGUGCAAACUGCAAAGCAGCAAAGAGUAAAUUAUAAAAUUAAUAUCUGUGUGAAAAAUCGGUGUUUUCAGUGGCUAUGUGUUUAAAUUUCCAUAGUUAGAUUCAGAAUUCAGAUUAUUAAUCUGAUGUUACCAUUACCAACUCUAUUGGUCCUGAUGUCCAUCUUCAACAAAUUACAAUGCAAAUAACAUGGUUGAAAAAAUUCAAAAACCAAAAUUUUAUCUAAUGCCUAUUAGAGUAACGCUAGGCUCCUCCCUCAAAUACUUGCAGCUGUCACUGUUACACAAGUUAUAAAAUAUCCUUUGAAACAUACAGACAGAAUAAAAAGCAACCAUGCACAGUGGUGAUGAAAAAAUUGUUGUGAAAACUGAAGUAGAGAUUGAAGAAUAUGGUGAGAAAACUCUAGAAUUUUGUGUGAAAACUGAGCAAUUCAGUGUAGAAAUUGAAUUAAUUAGGGAAAAUGAUGAAUUUUCUGUAAAAACUGAGGAAGGUAUUGUCAAAAAUGAAGUGCUUGAUGUGGAAACUGAAGAAUUUCAACACUAUCCAUCCGUUGAUCAAGGUUAUGAAGUAAAAUCUGAAUACAAUGAUCAUAUACAAAGGCAAAAUGCAGCUUCAAGCUCCACAGUUCCAGCACAUGCGACCGGAAUACAGAAUUUGUUGAAGAAUGACAAUACUACAUUGCAGUGUAAAAUUUGUUUGGAGGAGUUUUGCCAUGAACAAGAGUACAAUACACAUAUGAACAUGCAUCUUCAGACCAGUGAUGUUAACAGUGACUAUGUGACGUCACAAGUGUGUGAGCCUGGCGCAGCUGCAAGCUCUGGCUGGCACUCAGCGCCCCUCAUUGAGCACAAGCAUGCAGUUCAGAGCCUGGACGAUGACUCUCACCCUCCCACAGACUUGGCUCAACCUUCAGUCCCCCCACUGCUCGCGCGACCUGCAAUUAACGAAGAUGUUACAAAGGAGGAUUAUAUAGAAGCAAUUUAUAUUAAAGAUGAAUUUCACGAUCAGACGUAUGACAGCAAUACUUUGCAAAAUGAAACAGAUUGCUUGAAUAUUGACAGUAAUGUACAAUUGACCAACUCGACAGUGAAUAGUGUACACACACAUAAUGAGAAGAAGAAAAAAGACAUUAAGUCUGACACCGAUAAGAAAAUGUACACAUGUGAGCGUUGUAAGUACAAAUCCAAAUUCAAAACUGAUUUAGUGAGACAUGUGCAAAGUCACACUGGUGAAAAGCCAUUUUCUUGUAAUGUAUGCGAAUAUAAAUGUAGUGUUAAUAGUAGUUUAGUCAGUCAUAUGCGUAUUCACACUGGUGAAAAGCCAUACGCUUGUAAAGUAUGCGACUACAGAGCUACUCUAAGUAGUCAUUUAGUCAAUCAUAUGCGUACUCAUACUGGUGAAAAGCCGUAUUCUUGUAAAUUGUGCGAUUAUAAAUGUGCUCUGAAUAGUCAUUUAGUGAGUCAUAUGAGAACCCACACAGGUGAAAAGCCGUAUUCUUGUAAGUUCUGUGAUUACAAAUGUGCUCAGCAUAAUCACUUAGUGAGUCAUAUGAGAAUUCACACUGGCGAAAAGCCUCACUCUUGUAACUUAUGCGAUUAUUCGUGUACUCAGAGGAGUCAACUAGUAAGUCAUAUGCUAAUACACACUGGCGAAAAACCAUAUUCUUGUAAGAUAUGCAAUUAUAGAUGCACUCACAGUAGUCAUUUAAUUGUGCACAUGCGAAAGCACACUGGUGAGAAGCCGUUCGCUUGUGACACAUGCGAUUAUAAAUGUACACUAAAUAGUACACUAGUUAAACAUAUGCGAACCCAUACUGGAGAAAAACCAUUCGCUUGUAAUUUAUGCGAAUACAAAUGUUCUAUAAAAAGCACCCUGAAGAGGCACAUGCGAGUUCACACUGCUGAAAAUUCAUACUCUUGUGAUUUGUGUGAGUUCAAAUGCGCAGACCAAAGUAACUUAUCGAGACAUGUGCAAACACACUAGUGAAAGUAAUACUUAUAAGUGUGUGCAGUGGUGUGCACAAGGAUUUCGAUAAGGGUGUUCAAUGUGGUGGAAAAUCAAUGAUUGACGCUGCUAUCAAUAGGGAUGAUGACAGUUUUUAACAGACUUCAAAAAAAGGAGAGAACCUUCUCCUUUUUUAUAGUACCAUAGUGCUCAGAGUUAUUUUCUGAUAUAGUAACAGCAUUCUCAUAUAAUAUCUAAGAUAGGAUGUACUGUUUGUGACACUAAAAACUUAAUAAACUUAUUUUCUUUCUUUCUUCUAAACGUUAUUCACGUUGGUUCAUUUCAAAGGUAAAUUUUGUUCAAGGGCUUGUAGUCUAUAAUAUGCAAGUUGGUAAGCGCAUUAUUGAAUGAUUUACCACGUUUGUUAAAAAACUAACUUGGUAAAUCAUUGAAUAUUGUGAUGCAGACAUUAAAAUAUUUAGAAUUUUAAAGUUUU